GGUGGGGGUGGGUGGAGACAGAGGUGAACCAAAACACCCAAAACAUAGUCCACACGCACGCACGCAGACGACGACGCGGAGCUAUCGCCGAAAGCCAGCGGCCAUUAAGAGAUUAGCCCCGGAUCUCCAAGCCCCCAGCGACCAAGAGAGAUGAGUCAAACAGAGCAGGUACCUGAAGACAUGCCUGCUUACCUCAAAGAUGAACCAUCACCAACAGACACCAUCAAGGACCACCCGCAGACACAACCUGGCAUGUUUGGCAAGUUGGCAGGGGGCCUGUUCAGUGCUACCAAGGGAGCAGUCGGAGCAACAGUGGGUGGUGUGGCCUGGAUUGGAGGAAAAGGACUGGAUCUCACGAAGACUGCUGUCUCUUCUGUAGCCUCUGUUCCUACCAUGGGAGUGGGGCUGGUCAAGGGAGGAGUAAGUGCCGUAGCUGGAGGAGUGUCUGCAGUGGGCUCAGCAGUAGCUAACAAAGUUCCCAUAGGUGGGUGCAAGAAGAAGGACAAGUCUGACUGAUGGAGAAGAGAUACCAUUGCUGGGACACUGACUGUUUGCCUGUUUUAGUUUGCAGUGAAAAGGGGUCUGAGCUGACAAGGCACAAAAAGGAGUUAAGAUUUGUGUGUACACUUCUUUUAGGGGUGGGGAUCGGGUUGCUUAUACCUGAAUGUCAAUUGAUCACACACACACACACACACACACACACACACACACACACACACACACACACACACACACACACACACACACACACACAGCCAAGCCCCUUAAGGCAACAAUUCCUACACAAUAUUCACUAGUGCCUGAAUUUAUUUGUAAAAAUGUCUUUCAAUGUUUCAUUUUUUAGGGGCCAAAAAACAUUUACAAAAGUAGAUCAUUAUUGCAUUUUAAAAAAAUCCUGGGUAGCAGAACAAUGCUAUGAAAAACAUUAACAUCACAUUAUAGUUGACUUAAUAAACGUGAGCCCCCUUGCAAGACAAUCGGUUAUGGAUGCUGAUCUUGACUGACAGUAAAUCAAGACUGACAGUCUCUCGCGGUCUGCGUUAAGUAUUCCAGAAUGUAUAUCUGGCCUCAGGGUGCCAGGCGUUACAUAUUCAAGCACUACCUAGUAGGCCUGUCCUAAAAUGAAAACUUUUACCUCCUGGGACUCCCUCCUCGUUCAGGACGCAACAGUGAUGUACUGGCAUUAACCCAUUCAGAUAUCGUUGAAAUUGUGACCAAUAACCCAGCAAGUUCUUACUUGAAAUUGCUUUUGAGCUACAUAAAACUGAAAUUGGGAGAGAAAUUGUCAUGUUGCCCGCUGAUGAUUGUACUUGCAUCUUGGUAAGAAGACUUGACCUAAGAGUACAGAUUUAGCUGACAUUAAACUAUAUUUCACAGUACAUUGUAUUAAGUUUUCUGUUUACACUUUAAAAACUGUCGUCCUUUAUGGAUUGCAAGAGCUUGUGAGACCAAAGCGGUUCAUUGUAAUGUUUUUUAUGUAAUGAACCCAAGAUAGAGUUAAAACCCUCUUGGAUUAAAAAUGACCUUGUAUACAUGUGAAAAUACAAUUAUAUCAACUGUUACAAUUUUCAAAAUCAAGCUUUCAUAAGUUCAUCAAGCUUGUGUCGCUUCUCCUCAGUUUCAGAGUGUUGAUAUACCUGUUUUAACGUGAAAAUGCCGAAAUUGGAUAGAACACAAUUUCACAACUGCAUAUCUGAGCUGCACCAAAAAUCAACCACACCGUGAACCGUGAGAUUUGUGGCCUGCUCUACCUGCCGGUGGCUCCAGAGAUGCUCACUGUGGUUGCUGAAACUGACGGAUGUUCUCAGAAAUCUGUAGAGCUUCUUGAAUUGGGUAUUUACAGAAGAUUCAGUAAAGAGUACUACAUUUACAUGGCCUACCUCACCGUUAGGAGACUAAAUCCCAAGGGGGGGGGUAAAACUUUGAAUUUCAUGUGUCAAUUUGUGUUUAACCCCACAAGUGCUUGAUUUUCCAAAUGUCUCUCUGUUACUACACCUUUUAAGUUGAGAAGGAUACAAAACUGGAUUUGGAAGUCGUACCCUAUCCUUAUUGUGAAUCCAUCCCUCGUUCAGUGUAAGACUGGAUGCACUCAGGAGGGUUGCUGCAAGACUUAGGAACUUUUAUGGGGAUUUAAUAAAGGAAACAUUCUAAACUCCUUUGUAAAAUAAAAGAGUGGAAAUUCUUUGUU